UUUACGUACGUCAGACGCCCCGGCGAACCCCCGCUGAUCAAUGGCUGGAUUCCGUUUGUGGGGAAAGCGCUGGAGUUCAGGAAAGACGCUCGAAAGUUCCUGGAGGAGCAGCAGAGGAACUUUGGAGAUGUUUUCACUGUUCUCAUCGCAGGUCGCUACAUGACCUUCGUCAUGAAUCCCCUGAUAUAUCCCAGCGUCAUCAAACAUGGCCGGCAGCUGGACUUCCACGAGUUCACCAAAAAGGCGGCGCCGGCGGCCUUCGGAUACCCGCCGUUGAUAGAGAGCCGCUUCCCGGGCCUGGCCGAGCAGAUCCAUCGCUCCUUCCGUCUCCUCCACGGCGAGAACCUGGCGCCGCUGACGCAAAGCAUGAUGGCCAACCUCCUGACGCUCUUCCGUCAGGACCACCUGGACCCGGACGGCGCCUGGAGAACAUGCGGUCUGUACGACUUCUGCAUGCGCGUUAUGUUCGAGGCCACCCUCGCCACCGUGUACGGCCGGCCGGUGGAGGGCCGGAGAGGCGCCGAUGCGGCAGCGCUGAGGGCCGACUUCGAGCGCUUCGACGACGUCUUCCCGCUGCUGAUCGCCGGCGUUCCCGCCUGGCUACUGGGCAGCGUGCGGCGCGUGCGUGAGCAGCUGAUCCAGUACUUUUUGCCGCAAGGGUUGUCCCGCCGGGCGGACAUCUCCAACUUUGUCCGGCGCCGUGCCUGGCUCUUGGAGCAGCACCCGCGAAUGAGCGACGUCAACAAAGCAGCGCACCACUUCGCAAUGUUGUGGGCGUCAGUGGCUAACACGGCGCCGGCCACCUUCUGGGUGGCGUACCACCUCCUGCGGCAGCCGGAGGCGUUGGACGCCGUUCGACGGGAAAUCCUCCAGGUCCUGGAGCUCGACGAACACGAGGACUUGCGCGCCGACGCUGACGUGGAGCUCGACACGGAUCGGCUGGACCGAAUGAUUCUACUAGAGAGCGCCAUUCACGAGACUCUGCGUCUGUCGUCGGCAUCCAUCAAUAUACGGGUGGCUCAAGAGGACUUUAGUCUGCGUGUGGACUCCUCGCGCAGCGUUGCGUUGAGACGCGGUGACAUCCUGGCGUUGUACCCGCAGAGCAUGCACAUGGACGCCGAUAUCUACGACGACCCGGAGACAUUUCGCUUCGACCGCUUUGCACACCAGACAGAGUUCUUCAAGGAUGGCCAAAAGCUUCACCACUACUUGAUGCCGUUCGGUUCCGGGGCAUCCAUCUGUCCCGGGCGCUUUUUCGCCGUCAACGAGAUCAAACAGUUCGUCUGUCUGCUACUGCUCUACUUUGACCUGGGCCUAGAAGAGGGGCAGACCCAUGCCAGACUCGACGCCAGUCGCGCCGGCCUGGGCAUCCUGCGGCCCGACCGCGAUGUGCUAUUCCGCUACCGCCUGCGUGGCGCUGCCCGUUAA